GGAGCUGAGGGGAAACCACACAGCAUGGCCUCAACGCUCGCUCUUCUCCUGCUGUUUUUACAAAGUCUUUAUGUCUUCAACAGCAUACCCUUAAUCCAUGGGAAGCACAGACUCGUACAGUUCGAUCCGCCAGUACUGGACUUCCAGGAACAGCCAGUGAGGAUACCGAAAAUGACAAAAGUCAACUUAUACAAUCCAAGUUCAGAAGACACUAUUACGCUGAUAUCAGUAUCGUCAGCAACGGCCCACUUUUACACAUCUUUUUUUGAAAACAAUAUAAUUCCACCAGGCGGGAACUCAUCAUUCAAUGUAGUGUUUCAUGCCCAGACAGUAGGGAAUAUUGAAAAUACAUUAUUUAUUAAGACAUCCCAUCAUGAACCUCUCACAUAUCAGGUUUUCGGUGUGAGUGUUCCUGACCUCUACAGAUUGAGACCCUUCACUGGAUGCAGAGGUCAUGAAAAUUGUGACUUUUCACUACCAGGCAACACGUACAGUGAACCACUUCGGGCUGUGGAGGUAUUCUCUAAAACUGGAGAUUUACAGCUGGAGCUACCUACUGGACAAAUAGGAAGCAUAGGAAAAUUAUGGGAGAUUCCCAUCUCUGAAAUGAAAAGGGUGACAAAGGCCAGCCUGUCUUCCCUGGUCACAGAAAAUAACAGAACAGUGAUCAGAAUCAAAACCAGGGCUUCAAGGGAUGGAAAUUUCAUAAUUCUUCCAGUGAAGAUGGAAGUGACAUCAGUGCCGAGCGUAUACUCCUCCACAGAGAAACUGGACUUUGGUACACUGCGCUCACAAGAUCAUCCAAAACAACUGAAUCUAUACACUCUAAAUUCAGGAACAGAAGAUGUACAAAUUUCAAGUGUGUCACCUGCAUUAUCAAACAAAGCCAUCAAAAUAAAAUUUAAACCUGUCACAGUUAAAGCAGGAAAAAACACCCAAGUGGCAAUUAUUAGUUUUGAUGCAUCAAAGGGACAAAGACAGUCUCAGUUUUCUGGUAAAAUAGUGCUGAAUGUUGAAGAGAAAAGUUACUCCAAACUUGAAAUUCCAUACACAGCUCAAGUUUUAAAAGGGCAACUUUGGUUUGACCAGUCAAGUACCAUAUUCCACAUCAGAGACAGCCCCAUUGACCCCUUAACAAGGCCAGUCUUUCUGAACAACACCUUCAGCUUUGCCAUCAUAAUCCAUAAUGUCUCCCUUCCGGAGAAGGCCAGCAACAUGUUCCAUAUACAGAACUUCAGCCAGAACACCCUGAUUCCUUCCCAUGGGUCAUGCUACCUCUUCUCCUUAAACUUCAAGCCUAUAAGACCCUCCAUUCACAUUGACAGUAACAUAUUACUCACUACCAAUGCCUCAAAGUUUCACCUACCUAUCCGAACCUUCACCGGCUUUCUGGAGGCUUUUGUUCUUCCGCCCAGCCUGAACAGGCAAUGGGUGGACUUUGGCGUUCUCAACACCACUAAAACUGCCAGCAUUACACUGGUAGUCCUCAAUACUAACCCCAUUGAGGUUGAGGUUCGAUCCUGGAUGGUCUCAGAUGACAGCCUUUCUGUUGAGCUACUUAGGUCAGAGCGAGGACGUAAAACUGUAGCGCUAUCGAGAACAAAAGUGCUAGGGAACGCGCCUGCAUCUGAUCAGAAAACGAUAAUAUUGGCCUCAGGCUACUAUGCUGUCUUCAGAGUUACACUUUUUACUCAGGAAUUAGAUGGAAUGUACCUUGGAUCUAUACAUAUUACGACAGACUAUGAGAUAUUAACUAUACCAGUGAAAGCUCUGUUAAGAGUGAGCAAGCUGACAGUCUUACCAAAGAACAUUGUUCUUCCUACGUCCUUUCCGGGGAAAAUUGUUCAUCAGAGUUUAAGCAUAAGGAACUCCUUCUCACGGAAUGUGACAUUGCAACACAUCCAUUCUCUCACUGAUGAUGUGCGCUUUUACUGCAAAAGGUUAAAAAAUAAAGGUGACCUACAGCCAAGGCACAAGUCAAAGAUUGCAAAUAUCUAUUUUGAUGCUAGUUUGGAAUGUGGCAAUCAGUGCUAUAUUGGGCUACCCUUUAUACUGAAAUCUGAGUCUAAACCUUAUGGGCUGAUGAUGCAAGAGAACAUGUGGAGAGCAGAUGCAGACUUGCACCAAACACUCCUGGAACGAUGGAGGGAUCUGAAGGAAAGACCAGGGCAUGAGUUCCAAGCCGUGUUUGAGAUGAGCACAGAUCAUGAGAAAAAAUUGCAUGCCAAAGUUAUAGCCCAGGUGACGUGGCCAUCAAUAAUUAACUCCCCAAGUCAGAUCCUAUUUCCUCUAACCAGCAUUCACGGCUCCUCUGCGGAAGAAGUGGUGUUGGAAAACCCUGCUGAUGUAUCUGUCUAUGUCCAGGUCCUCCCUUUAGCCUUGUAUCCCAACUCUUCUUACUUGGUGGAAAAGUUAGUUGACAAGAUGACCUUCAUAAAGUUCCCCAGUAUCAGCACUGACACAUUAGAGUUCUAUGUUCACAGAAAUCAAACAUCAUUAAACAAGAACACCAAGGGGUUUAAAGAAGGGUCAGUAGCACCCUUUGUGUACAACCUCCUGCUCUUACCAGGAGAAGUCAAGUCCUUCAAUGUGAAGUUCACUCCUAUCAGGAACCACAGCGUGGCCUCUCUUCUUAUCAUCAGAAACAACCUGACAGUGAUGGACUAUGUGCUAGUCCAGGGACAGGGUGCAGCUGAGAGUCUGAUGGUGGCUGGGAAACCUCCUGGUUCCAGCAAUGUCCUGAAAUUCAGAAUAACAGAGUCUCUGCUGCAACACUUCAUACAACAAAGUAAACAGAGACAAAACUUCACAAUGACAAAAGUGUUCAAUAUUGAAAAUGAUGGACAGAUUCCAGUAAUAAUACAAUCCAUUGAAAUCAGUGGACGCAUUUGUGAAGGAUAUGGAUUUAAAGUUAUCGACUGCCAUGAAUUUGCACUAACCCCAAGUACUUCAAAAGACAUCAUCAUAAUGUUUACACCUGAUUUCACAAUCUCUCAAGCUGAGGCUGAGCUGAAGCUGGUGACAGCAGGCGGCAUAGAGUUUCUGUUUACUCUGAAAGCCACACUUCCCUAUCACAUGCUUGCAGUAUGCACUGAUGCCCUGCCCCGACCCAGCUGGGAGCUGGGGCUCUAUGUCACCGUCUGUGUCAUCAUGAGCCUCAUGUUCCUUGUAGUGAUCACAACAGCCUACCUGGAAGCACAAGGAAUUUGGGAACCAUUUAAGAGUCUCUUGUUUCUGGAAACGCCCAACUCUCCCAUGGACUCAGAGAGACCAUUUGUUUUUGGGGAAAAUGGAACAAAUACAAAGCUGAAUGAGUAUGAAGAUGCAAACCACAACUCAAUACAAGAAACAUGCAAUCCAGACAGCUCUCCAGUGAGGGCUAACCUACAGCAAUUUAACACACAGUACAAUAGCAACAAGGCUUCCAUUGACCUGGCUGGGCUCAGGCUCCGAAUCAAUAACAAGAUCAAAUGGAGUAUGAGCAGGAACUGCAGGCAAAACCAGCCAAGCCAGCAACAGCUUAUGUCCACCUCCAAAGGGCAACAGGCACCCACAAUAGAAGGAACAGCUGCUGUGCUUCAUAGAGAUGAUCCUGCAGGCAUUUUACAUCCUGAGAGCAGGGCCAAUCCUGAGGUUAGAGGCCUCCAUAGCCCAGAGAUCUCUAGUCCCACAGAAGCUAUGGGCGAGGACAUGGAGCAACCAAAGUGUCCCUCGGUGGAGGUGUUCCAGAAUCAACAACUACUAUGUAUGUCUGCAACAAGCAAAGCUGCUGUCUCGAAACGAAAAAUACAACAUAAAAGUCAGGCCAAAAGCAAUCACAAGGAAAAAGAGCAGAAAGAAAACGCCCCCUCCAUCACUACAGAGACUUCCAACCAAGACAUGGAAGCCAAUGUCAAAGAGCAAGUAGUAAAGAAGAAAAACAAGCAAUUUACUGUGGAAAAAGAAAAGGUGGAGACUCAAGUCACACAGCCAAAAUCUAGAAAAAAAAAGGCUGAUGGCACAAAGAAGGACAGCCAGGUAGACACGAAGACAAAUUCACUGGAGCUGCCCUAUGUCACAGCCCUGGAAAACAAACAGCGCAAGAAUUUCACAGCAAAACCUCUUAUUCCAUCAGCUCUAGGACCUGGCUCCAAUGUACAGACACAGCCAGUGUCAUGUGGAAAACCUGAAGACUGUCCUCUCGAUCCUCUGGAGAAGCCGCUGUCAGUGCCAGACCAAGAGAACAGUGACAGUUCUGAGGCAGAAAGUGACUCCAACCCUCCCCCAGAAUGGGACAAUGUCCCCCUGGUCAAAGACAGUAACGAAGACUUCUAUCAGUUAGCGAUCCAGACUAUGAAUGCAGAUCCUUUCCUAAAACAGUCUACUGAUGUGACUUGUCAAUUACCUCUCCUCACUGACAUCAGCUGCAAUAAAGUGAGCACUAUCAGUAACGCAUGCAUAAAAACAAGUGACACAAAAAACAAGUUGUCAAAAUCAAUCUCACUACCUGAGAAGAGUAGUAACCCUGUUGCAGUGGGAACAGAUUACGACGGAAACCCAGGUGGGAGUGCUCUAGCAGUUGGAACAACCCACAAAUCCAGCACCGCAGGGAAUAUGACGACUCCUUAUGACAAAUCCAUUUGGGCUUAUGAGCCGCACAGCGCUGGAUUGUGGGACCCCGUUCACAGCAGUAACUAUUUAAAUCCUCUCAGCCCCUUGCCAUUUUCUGGAUCCUGCAACACAUUCAACUUUUCUGGAGACAUUGGUGAUAUGACUUACCAUAAGAGGGAGGAACCUCCUCCAAAGUGGCCUGAUUUUGGUGCUAUUUCCCCCUCCAUUUGGGGAAUCUCCAGCAGGGACACCGUAGAUCCCUGGCACACCAGCUCUGGAAGUUCAACAUUGCCUAUCGCUUCUGUUUUUGGCAGCGGAGGCCUCUGGUCCUCUGCCACACCAUUCACCAGCUCCAUCUGGUCCCCCACUUUCACACCACACACCACUGCAGCUCCCACCAGCUUCUUUGGAAACUCAAAUGGCGGCUGUCGUUCUGCCCCAGCCCGGUCCUCCACCCCCCAAAAAGAGACGGGAGGCACCUACAACCCUUGGAACUCACGGCUCCCCACUGUGAACCGACGUUCCUCCGAACCAUGGAGCAACACCUACAACAACUGAGCAGUGCCACUGUAUCAAUACCAUAUUGAUACUCAUCAUAGUCUAAUGCUUUCCCUUAUUCAUGCAGAUUUCAUACCUAUACUGUUGUUGUGCGAAAGGUUCAUGAAAACCUGCUUCUGCUGCCAGCAGCUCAUUGCAUCGAGAGACUCAAUAUUGUUUAACUCAAAGAAAUGAUAGUAUGUAAUUUUUAAUGCUGCUGUAAAGCUAGUAUGGAUUGAAGUCAACAAAUGCAAUAUUUGUAUUUCUAAGGACGACACCAAAUGACACAUCUCUUCAGGAAUCUUUGUAUUGCUCCUCAUAUCAAAAUAAAACAAAACACA